AGAACACGUCACGCGAAAAAAAUGUAGUGGACAGGACGAACUCGAUUUCGUGCCUUGUUAUUUUCGAAAAUUCCAUCGAGAUUGUCUUCUAGAUCUAGACGUAGGCGUAGCAAAAAUAAAAGCCACCACCUCUUGCUCGUUACAACUGAAUUAGGAAGCAUCUUCCGUCUACUCUAGACCUACACCUACGUCAAGCAAAAAGAAAAAAUGAGUUCUCUUUUUUCUUCCCUCUACGAUGCUGCCACAAGUGUUGUGGCUGGGAAGAAGCACAAGCGAUCGUCGUCCACAGGGAGUGGAACGAAAAAGCGAGUAAAGCGUGAAGAGGACGUUCACAACUUUUCACAAGAAGUAAAAGACCUCGUCCAGCAGCGUCUCACGACGUCGUGUUCGGAAGUGAAAAUCGGAACAGUGCGUGCUCUAUUCACGAAGACGGGGCACAAAGGAAAGCCUAUGCACCAAAAGAAAAGCCUGGACUUGAAGGAAGGGUUGGGCCUUUCAACAGACGACGCUUUUGUUAAGUGUUCUCGAAUCACAUUCCUCACUACCAUCUUCCCUGGCUCUUUUCACAGUAGAACAGCACACGCCCGGGAUGUUCUGAGGCAUGUAGUUCCGUAACCUUUAUUAACUUUGAGGAGAUGAAACCCAACGGCAAGAAACAGAAACAACCACCAGCAGUACUUUCUUCGAGACUUUCUCCGCGUCAAGUUCUGUUUUCCUGUACAAGAGAUCUUGCAGCCUUUGGUUUAGAACCGGGAAAUUUGAGGGAGAACGUAUGUGUCGAAUUAGAUGAAGAAGCGUCUAAAACCCUGGAUCUGGAUGCGAAUACCACAGCAUCUUCUACAGCAGGAGCUUCCAAAACCAAAUCCAAAGGAACAUCUUCAGAUCGUGGCACCACAUCUACGUCUUGUACAUCUACUUCUAUAUUCCAGCAAUUAGCCUCAAGCGGAUAUGUUUUGCGGGUUGGGCAAGAUUGCGCUUUUCGUAUGACGUUUCCUUGCGAGCCUUGUGGAUAUGUCUUGGACUACUUGCCGGAGAAGAGAAAGAAAAGUGUGAUAUUAUGUUUUGGUUGUGUGAAGAUAGACUAGUAGCCGUUGAAGUCUGCCACGUCGGAUGGUGGACCCCAACCUAACCUAACCUAACCUAACUAGUAGCUCUAACUGUAAGUAUGACGAAAAAAAAAGCGGGCAUGAUCCGUGGCUACAUUUAUUCAUAUUGGUUACACUUGGUAGUUCAUCAUUCGGUUUGUUGUUGUUCCUUGCUCGUCUUCUAGUUUGAAGAUGAAGUAGGCACUACAGGGUGACUGAAAGGCCUCAUUACCGUUGAAACGUGAUAUCAAAAGAGACGAGGACCAACUCCUGUUAGCGCUAGAAUUCCUCAUGUAUUUUCUAACCGCCGCCGAACGUGGUAGUUUACCUACAGUUCCACAGCUCGUUGGGUUUCGAGGAGUCUUGUCUACCUGUUUACGGAGUGGAAUUGUGCGAGAAGGAGAUGAGGUGUAUCUACUUGCGGCCGACAAGGUCAAGCAAAAGAGCAAGGAGAAGAAGAACGUGAACGAAGUAGACCCGAUGCUCAAAAACACGGCGACUCCUGUUUUCUCACCCUUCCCAGACGAUGUCCGCUCUCGGAUUUUUACACUAUGUGCGAAAGUGCCUCCGGGUAAAGUGGUGAGUAUUCGUGAAGUGUUGCAUUAUGUAGGGGCACCCAGUGGGUAUGCUAGAGCCAUACCAGCGAUGAUCAAAGGAGCAUUGAAGGAUUCUGAUGGACAAGGGAAGAAAGUGAAAGAGAAAACGACUCCUACCCCUUAUAAUCUCCAUCGGCUACUCGACUCCGAUUACAAUUUGCUCGAAAGGCAUAUGCCGAAGCAGCGACAAUUGUUAGUUGCUGAAGGGUUGAAGGUGGAUGAAGAAGGCAAAGUCGCAACAGAUGAUGGCGAUGCACGAUGGAAACCAUUUCAUAGUGGAUUAUUUCUAGAAUGGUGAGCUAAGUACAUGUAAGUGGUGUAUCAAGAAACACGAUCGGAUUCCACAUCCAAAAAUCAUGCUUUUGUUUUUGUACCUGAAGAUGAAAAUGCAGACUCUCAUGUGGAUGUAGCUGAAGAUGAAAAUCGUAGUGCAUGGGUGAAAAGCGC